GCUGUGUGGUUACAGCUAGCGUGUCCAGCAUUUGAUAAACAGGAUUGGAAAUAAUCACAAAACAACCUAUCAUUCCAGGCCCAAAAACUACAAUAUUUCCCGGCAAAUCCGUUAGCGGAUUCCCCUCGCUUGCACAAUGAGUGCUGGCACCCCUAAAUCGCUAGCAUCGUCGGGGCAAAAGCCCAUUCAGGAGAUCUGCCAUCCGCUCGGAGCCGAGGAGGCAGCGACAGCCGGAGUCCUCACACCCAGUCCAGAUAUCGGAAACACCACUAGCAGCAUCGGAGGGAAGGACCUGAGUCUGCCCAACGGGACGCCGGUGGAGACAUCUAGUCCCGCCUCCUCAUCUUCCCUCCUGAACCGGCUGCAGCUGGACGACGACCUGGACGGAGAAACACGUGACCUCUUUGUUACUGUCGACGACCCGAAGAAACACGUCUCCACUAUGGAGACCUACAUCACCUACAAGGUCGCCACUAAGACAACGCGGGUGGAGUUUGACCUACCAGAGUACUCUGUGAGGCGGCGCUACCAGGACUUUGACUGGCUCAGGACCAAGCUGGAGGACACUCAGCCCACACAUCUCAUACCACCUCUCCCUGAGAAGUUUGUGAUGAAGGGGGUGGUGGACCGGUUCUCUGAGGAGUUUGUAGAGACGAGGAGGAAGGCUCUGGAUAAGUUCCUGAAGAGAGUGGCUGACCAUCCUGUCCUGUCGUUCAACCAACACCUCAACGCCUUCCUCUCUGCCAAGGACCUGAAUAAGAGACAAGGCCUAGCCCUGCUCUCUAAGAUGGGGGAGUCGGUGAAGUACGUGACAGGAGGGUACAAGCUGAGGGGCCGACCCAUGGAGUUUUCUGUUAUGGGAGACUACCUGGAUUUGUUCACACAGAAGCUGGGUACCAUCGACAGGAUAGCGCAGAGAAUCAUCAAAGAACAGUCCGAGUACCUGGUAGAGCUGCGUGAGUACGGUCCUCUCUACACCACCUGGGCGGCGUCGGAGGCGGAGCUACAGGAGCCCCUGGAGGGCGUGUCCGGCUGCAUAGCUAACUGCUCCAGCGCUCUGGACGAACUCACCGAGGACAUGAGCGAAGACUUCCUGCCCGUGCUCCGAGAAUACGUCCUCUACAUUGAGUCCGUAAAGGCUGUUCUGAAGAAGAGGGACAACAUCCAGGCGGAAUACGAGGCCAAACUGGAAGCUGCUGCCUUCCAGAAAGAAGAGAGGCCAGCAGCCACACAGGUGCCUACAGACGUGGAGAAGUGCCAGGACAGAGUGGAGUGUUUCAAUGCUGACCUGAAGUCAGACUGGGACCGCUGGCAGAACAACAAGAGACAAGACUUCAGACAGCUACUCACUGGCAUGGCCGACCACAACAUCCACUACUAUGAGAAGUGCCUUGCAGCGUGGGAGUCUGUCAUUCCACUAUUACGGGACAAGCAGCCACAGGAGACAGAAACAGAGGAAGACUGAGAGACGGCCACCUUUCCUCUGGACAUUACAUCUCAAACACUUCCUCUACCUGAGUUACCAGUGUCAACAGACACAUACACUCUCAAAAGAGAGAUUGCCAAGGAAACGAGCCUUUGGGGCUACCGACGGAAGUCUUUUUAGUUUUGGUGUUUCUAUUUGUGAAACCCAGUCAGUCCAACGUCCCAUCCUGCCUGCUGGGAAGAUCUAUGGAGCAGAGUGGAUGGGAUGGUACUAUCUCUGUCUGGAAGGCCCAUUUUUUUCCUUGUUGCACACCAAACUAGCCUUGGUCGUAUUCACUAGAAACCAAACGGGGAAAAAACAGAACGAAACUGGGAGGAACUACCUGAACUUGUCCAAUAAGAAACUAAUUUUCUUUGCCAAAUGCUUUCUGUUGCAAAACGGUUUGCUACGGUGUGCACUAAUGAAUGCAGCCAAGAAGCUUUUUGCCACAGCGACCAGCCAAAGGAAAAGGUAAACUAAUAUGUAAAAUUUUUCUGUUAUAAUUUUCUAGUCUGUUGAGAAAGGUUGGUGGCCAAUGAUCCCUUUUUUUGUAAACAAUGCUGAUCUUUGAUUGUCUUUGAUGUAGCCUUUUUAUUGUCUUUGAUGGUCUCUUGAUGAUUUUUGAUGGCCUUUUGAAUAGUGAAGCAGCAUCAUCACGUAUCUGUCUGUUUACAGUAUGUUGAAGCAUGUGUCUGUCUGUUUACAGUGUGUUGAAGCAUGUGUCUGUCUGUUUACAGUGUGAUGAAGCAUGUGUCUGUCUGUUUACAGUGUGAUGAAGCACUAGCUAAUCCUCCUGAGCAGAGCAGCUAUCCUCUGGCCAAAGAGGAACCAACUUUACUGCUAAACAUACUGUCUGACUUCUCCUGGUUGAUGGUCUUGCACACCAGGGUGUGUUCACUAGUAUUCAAACCAAAGCAAACAGGCUGAAAUGGGGGAGAUAAUAACCUUAACUUGUCCGAUAAGAAAUGUUUUCCGUGCACUAAUGAGAACACACCUAGUCUCUCGUGACAAAGAAACAUGAAACAA